AUGAGUGACGGCUCAAACUUUUCUGAUGAUUCAAGUUCGGAUGGAAAAGAAGAGUUUGUCUGUAAUUCAUCUGAAAAAUUGACUGGUGAUUAUAAAAGAAAUUGGAGUUUUGAAAGAGAAUAUUUAAAUAAUAAAAAUAAAGAUGAUGAGGAAUUCGAUGAAAUAUUGUCUUAUUUACCACCAGUUCCUCAAUCACACAAUUCAGGAAUGAUACCAUUAGGCUUACUAUUGCAAUUUGCUAGUCACAAAGUAUCUCAAGAAUUAAUUGUAUUAUCUGAACUUAUACCUAAAGCAUAUGAUCAAAGUAAAAAAAUAUCUUUAGUUGAAUUUUCAUUUGUUGCAAUGAAUCUUUUUUCAAAAAUACUUGCACUUGUUAAAUGGUAUAGAUAUUUUAAAAAAUAUCGUCUUUGUACACCAAUACAAUAUUUUUUGGAUCAACAAAGUCAAAUAUUUAGAGAUACUGCCGACGCAUUAUGUGGCAUAGCAAGAAUUGAAUUAUCCGGUGCUAGAUUACCAUAUUUUGAAAUGCAAUCAGCUCUUAAUAAUAUUUGGGGAUAUUUUGAAAUUCUUCCAUUAGCAAUAAAAAAAAGAUUUGUUCCUGAACCACCUGUAUCAAAAAUUGAUCAAAGGUUUAUUUUAUCAAAAAUAAAUCAAAUAAUUAAAGAUAGACUUUCUUUAAUCUCAUCUAAAAUUCCUGUUUGUAUUACAGAUAUAAUUAUUAAAAAUGGAACUGUAAUAUUAAAAGUUAGUGGAGAGUAUGAAAUAACAUUAACAUUAUUAUCAACAGCUGUUAAUGAAAAAUGGACAUUAUUACAUAUAACAAUACUUGUUGAACAACAUGAUAUUGGUUAUGGUACUAAAUUAGUUCAUCCUCUUCAACUUCAUAGUAUCCAUCAACAUUUACAAAAAUUAAUGAAUGAAUCAAAAAAUCCUAUUAAUACUAUGCAUGAUUUUAUGCAUGAAUUUUGUCUUUCAAUACAAUUAGAUGUUAUUUAUUGUGAAGCUAUUCAAUUAAUUCAAAAGCAAUAUAAUCGCAAACUUAUUAUAGAAAAGUAUGACAUUGAAGAUGGAAAACUAGUUCUUAGUUACUGGCCCAAAUAUAGUGAUAAAAAAAUAUCACCAUCUCAAUAUAAAUUAAUUAUUACUCAUUCAAAAUCAACUUCAUUUCAUGGAUUACGUGUUUAUCAUUUGCCAUAUAGAAGUAAUAUGCCUCAAUUAGAUACAAAUACAGGUCGAUUAUCAUUAAAUACAUUAAUCAGCUCAACAACUACAAUGCGAGCAAGAGAAAAAUUAGAGAUUUUAAAGAAAAAGUUAGAUAAAGUUAAUCCGGCAGCCGGCGCAUUUAUUUCCGGAAAUUCUUUAGAAACUAUUAAAUUUCCUUUAUUAAAUGAUUUCAAUUUAUCAGAAGAUGAUCAUUUAUCUUUUGGUGUUAAUCGUUUUACAGGAACAUAUUUUUGUUUAUCUAAUAUAUUAGAAUUAAAUGAAAAUAUAUUAAAAUUAAAUGAUACAUUAAAUAAUAAUGGUGAGAUAAAAGAAAUUCAGCGAUUAAUAAGUAAUAUAAGAAUUAAUUUAUUAAUGGAAAAAUAUAAAAAAAUUAUGGGUUUAAAUUAUUUAAUAGUUAGUGAAGCUGUUUUACCAAUGAAAGUAAAAGAAUUUUUAAAAGAUAAAGAAAAAAACAAAAUAUGUAUAAAAUUUCAUCGUGAUCUUCCAUAUUAUAGUAUUUUUUUAUUUUCAAAUAAUUUUCAUAAUACUGUUUCAAUAUCACAAUAUAUUGUUUUUAAAAACAAUAGUGAUGAAGUAAUUAUACUUCCUUUUGAUGAAAAAGAUGAAGAUAAAUCAAAAAAUGAAAUAGAUUAUAGUAAAAAAUUAAAUUACUUAUGGAAUGUUUCAUCAAAUACAUCAAAUGUUAUACAUUUACCUAAUGAUAUAAAAAAUCUUAUUUUAGUUAUGGAUAUGAGUGUAAGACAUUUAAAAUUAACAGAUGAUUUCAAAAAGAAAGGUGUUUCACUUGAUCCAAUAAAUUUAAAGAAACCUAAUGAUAGCAUAAAACUUAAAAUUAAUAAUAUCCCAACAUUGCAAACAAAAGAUGUAGAAUUAUUAAAAUAUAUUGAAAAAUUAUCAGUAUUUUGUGAUAAUCGUGCAAAAUUACUAUGGCCUUUUGAAUUUUAUGUUAAAAAAAUUCCUAUAAUAGCAGAUUUUUAUAAUCAUACAUUAGUAGAAGAUAUAUCAAUACAAUCAUUUGGCAAAAGAAAUUAUAUAUUAUCUAAUAGAACAUCAUCAUCAUCAGCAUGUACAUCAGCAUCAUUAGAUAUUAUUUCAACAAAUUUUAUUGAAAAAAUGGCAAUAUGUUCAAUGUUAUAUAAACAAGUUUUACAUUUUUCAAAAUAUUAUUAUGAAUAUUAUAAAAAUUUUUGUAGUAUUAAAAUAUUUAAUUUUCAAAAAUUAAUUGUUGCAUAUGGAAACAAAAGGGAUCAAUUAAUGUUUUUAACAUAUAAACCAAGUAGAAAAACUUAUUUAAUAUCAUUUGGUUUAGGAACAACUAAAUCAUUUGCUGACGGAAAUGAUGAAUUUUUUGAAUCUCAAAGUUUUGAAUAUAUAAAUGUUCAUAAUUUAAUAACACAAUAUUUACAAGAAAUGACAAGAAAAGAAUAUUUUUUAAAAGAUAUUGUUCAAUAUCUUAUUAAUACAACAGAAGGUUUAACAUGUUUAUUUAAAUCAUUUAAACCAAAACUUAUGUCAACAGAAGCAUUUGGACAAGUAUCACGUGAAAUGAUUUUUUUUAAUCAACAAUUUGAAUUAGAAUUAUUUGUUUUAGAUGAAAAUUCAUUUCAAAUAGCUAAUGGAACGAUCUCACUUGCUAUAUAUGUAUUUGAUAAAAGAUAUGUUCAUAUCAAAGAUUCAUCUUAUGGUGAACCAGCAAUUUUAGGGUUAGAAAAUUUUUUUAAAUAUCAUAUUGAAAAUUUAAUAUCAAAAUCAUUAUUUAAAAUGAAUCAAAUAGAAAGAAAUAAUUAUUUUAUUUCAUCAAGAAAAAUAUAUUCUGUACCAUUGGAAAUAUUUAAAAAAAUUACAAAAAUUAAUAAUGAUAUUGAUUGUUGUAGCAUACUAGGAAAAUAUAUAGCUAAUUUACGUUCAUUUGAUAAAUUAAGAAUUAUAUUUAGUCAACCAAAAGAAAAAACUAUAUCAAAAGGAUGUAAUAUACGUUUUAAUGAUUUUCAAAGAACAUCAUAUUGUAUAAAGGUUGUUUUUCAAGGUGCUACAAUGAUAAAUGGUAGUAUACCAUGUAAAAUACAUUUUACAGUAUAUUUAGAACCAAAUACAUUUGAUAUUAAAGCAAAAAUUGAAUAUGAAGGAAUAUUUAAACCAUCUGAUAGUGAUAUUCAAAUUGCUCAAGAGUAUUUUGAAAAAAUGUUAAGUAAUGGUAAUUGCCCACAGGGUGUUUAUUCAUUUAUAAACAUACUUAGACUUACAUAUCCAAUGUCAUUUAAUAAUUUAGCUCUUCUUAUGCAAUUAGAAAUGGAACCAAGUAUAAAUCAUUAUUAUAAAUUAUCAUUAGAUUUAGUAAGUAAUGAUCAUAGAAAUGCUGAUCAAACAGUGCAAUAUUCACCAUCAUUUUUAAUAGAUGAAAAAUCUUUCCGUGUAUUAAUUCCUGUAUCACUUCGUCCACAAGUAAGAGAAAGUAAAAAAAGUAAAUCUGUUGAUCCUGAUCGUUUAAAAUUAAAUGUUGUAUGGGAUAUAAAAAACAAUAAAUUAACCUUACACAAACCAUCAACUGAUUUAAUGAAAUUUAUGAAUGAUAAAAUUAUUAAACAUAAUGAAAUGAUAAAAGAUAAUAGUGAAUGUGUUAUUGAAUCAUGUAUACGAAUUUUAUUAGUUGAUCAUUUAAAGGAACCUGAAUCAUCGAUAUAG